CCCUGGGACAAAAAGGGAUCGACAUCUUCAGUAUUACUAACAGCAGCAGUUAUCGGGAACGUCACACAUUGCUAUCUGGUCUCCUGUGGUCCUUCCCAAGCAUUCCGCCGCAGCAUCUGGGCUACAUUCAUUGUCCCCAACUUCCCAGACAGGCGCCGCCGGAAUCUCCUUCCGUGGACCGCCCUAACCGUUGGUACAGUUUCCAGAAUUACACUCUUUUGAUCUGUUUACGAGAGAGAAGAGAGGAUAGUCUGCAGCUCUUUUCGUGGACUAUCUUCAGCCUCCUCGAGUCAUUCAUUCAUUCAUUUCCUUUUCAACAUGGACUUCUACGGAGGCAGCCUGCGACCUUCUAAGAGCGCGUCAUGGGCAACUUAUUUCCAUACUGAUACCGAUGUCCCCCCUGCUAAGAAAUCCCUUGCAAGUAGAAGAUCCAUUGCAAGAUCGUCAGUGAGAGCAAAGCCGUUCUACGAUGCAGUGCGUUCCUACUUCAAAUGCACCUAUCAGGACCAUUCUUCCGACUCGAGUCCGUCGCCUAUCUCGAGCCGUUAUGAUGGAGCCGGUGAAGAGAGAACGAGGCACAUGCCAGCAGCGACGCUUCCGCGGCUUCGACCUCGAACAAAUACUCUUAGCCGUCCGUCUUUGAGGACGAUUCGAAGUAACUUGAGCUCCAGAUCGACUGGCUCUAUUAGAGCCCCGGAUCGUUUUCUCCCAGCUCGACCGUCGCUAGACUCCGCGAUUCAGAGCUUCCGGGCGAAUAAGGACCCCCAAACAUUGUCAUCUGAAGAGAAACUCCUCCGACACAAAGAUGCCAGUCCAGAUGCUUUCAAUCCUCGAAGGCGUGUCUCGUCUCCAAUUCCAAGAGCAAAUCGACCUAUCUCUGACCGACGCAAUGUAUCGGGGCGCCGUAGUGGAAGUGGAGGCGGCAGUGUCUUAACGUUUCGGAGAGAUCCUGCAGCGCCUAAUGGGGAACGUCAAGUGAGUAUCGGUACAGUGUGGAGAGUUGGCGGUUUGGCUCCCAUCAAUGCCGUUGAAGAUGGGCAUGGCGGAAUGUUGGCUAGUGGCACGAAUGCUCCUCUUUAUACAACCUCAUUCUCCUCCCGUCCGAAAGCUCGAGAAGAAGAGAGAGAUAGGCAUGAAAGUCGCUUGGCAGAAGCUUUGAAUCUUGACCGGGUAGGACGAAUCCUAGAAUUUCGCGAUCCAUCAAUUUCUCCUUUGAAGACGGUCAACGAGAGGAACAAACGCAAAGACCAAGAUUUGAAAACCGUUUGGGUUGGUACUGAAUGGGUUGCAGAUGAUACAGAUAGAAAGAUGCCGAUCACCCAAGAAGAGCGUACGCUGCCAUUGGCACCGUUCAAGGUGUUGGAUGCUCCUCAUCUUCGAGAUGACUUUUACUGCUCUGUUCUCGCGUACUCCACUACUUGUCAUACCCUGGCUGUCGGACUGGGUCCACUACUAUACGCAUGGUCAGAGAUGCAAGGUGUCCAUCUUUUGAACUCGGGUACAGGAAAUCAUGCUUGGCUCACCUCACUUGCCUUCUCCUCGAUACCGGGCGCAAAGAGCAUUCUAGCAUUCGGUAGAUCCGACGGAACUCUUAGUCUUGUCUCACUUUAUGACAGCAUGUUACCUCGAUUUGAAGUCCAACAACCUUGCCCAGUCGCUUGUGUCACUUGGAGACCCCAAGCUACGAUGCGCCCUUCCCGUUCUCCGCUGACAUCGGGAAUGCUUGUGAAGACCGAAGAUCUCCUUGUAGGUGAUGAGGUAGGCAACGUUUAUUAUUAUGCUGUAGAGUGGCCAGAAUACUGGGAGGUAAGUCGCAGUGGAUGGUCUGGCUCGAUGACGCUAUUGGCGCGAAUCACAGUACAUACGCAACAGAUCUGUGGACUAUCAUUUUCUUGUGAUGGCACUCUAUUUGCUACUGGUGGGAACGACAAUCUCUGCUGCCUUUUCAGAACAAGCGACGUCCUUCACAAGACACGAGAAGAAGUCCUUGCCGUCGAGGAAGUGCUGGUCGGUGCCGAUGGAGUUCGGCGUGUCCACACGAUUGCUGGAAGAACCGGCGUCAAACAAAUCACCCCUGGUGCUGAGAGACACAGAUGGGUCCAUGGUGCCGCUGUUAAAGCAAUUGCUUUCUGUCCAUGGCGAGAAGGGCUUGUUGCUACAGGUGGUGGAAGCAAUGAUAAAUGUAUCCACUUCUUCCACGCCUCGUCAGGUACAUGUCUGGCCACAAUCAGCGUUGCUGCACAAGUUACAUCCUUGAUCUGGUCUACAACACGCCGAGAGAUCUGUGCAACUUUUGGCUAUGCUCAACCUGAGCAUCCUUAUCGCAUCGCCGUGUUCUCUUGGCCACAGUGCAAACAAGUUGCAGCGAUUCCAUGGGAAGGAGAGCACCGCGCAUUGUACGCGAUCCCAUACCCUGGAGGACCAAACGAGAGCCAAACCAGUAGGGAAGGCGGCCAAGGCUUGACUCGUACUGCACAAGAAGGUUGUAUUGUUGUGGCUUCCAGCGACGAAAGUGUGAAGUUCCAUGAGGUUUGGACCGCUAGCCAAAAGGCUACUGCAGGGGGUGAGGGAUUGCUCGGUGGGAGCGAUAUUCUUGAGGCGCUGGAGGGUAUCGACAAGGAGGGCGAUGUUAUCAGAUAAUUCAAGCCCAACUUUGUGAUUCUCAGAGUGUGGGUAGGGGUGAUGCACACCUGGUGAUCUUGGGUUGGUAACAUUCAUGGCAUGAAGUGUCAAAUUGGUUCAUGGCGGCGUGUUUAUAAUUAUGGAUGGGGCUUGCCUCCUCCUAUCUUGAUCGUAAUGAAGCCUAGUCCAC